UUCAUGUUUGUUUCGAUUAUUCAUUGACCGGAGACCGCAGCCUUCGUAUUUAUUAUUGGCUAUGGAUUUGUGUAAUUUCUCAAUAUUUUUGCUCUUCCUUUCUCGCUCAUAUUGUUGAGAUAUUAUUAUGGGUAUUUGCUUUGGGAGCCCUGCCAGGAGUGAUACUUCUUCUUCACAACUAGGUUUUGGAGCCAAAGUAGCCCCGGGAAGUAGCAAACACAGCUUGAACUCCUCAAACCAGUUGGAGGCAAAUCCAACCAUUUCAAGUGAUGCUUUCAUCGGAUCGCUGAAUGAUCUCUACCUCUCCAGUAACCUCAAAUCAUUCACCUUCAACGACCUCAAGAAUGCAACCAAGAAUUUCUGCCCCGAGAACCUCAUUGGCGAAGGAGGAUUUGGUUAUGUCUACAAGGGAUGGAUCAACGAGGCUACUCGAGCAUCGAGCAAGCCAGGCACUGGGACAGUCGUGGCUGUCAAAAAACUCAAGGCACAAAGCUUUCAAGGCCACAGAGAAUGGCUUACAGAGGCAAAAUACUUAGGGCAGCUACAGCAUGAGAAUUUGGUGAAGCUAAUUGGAUAUUGCCUGGAAAGCCAAAACCGACUUCUGGUUUACGAGUUCAUGCCAAAAGGAAGCUUAGAGAAUCAUUUGUUUAAGAAAGGGGUGCAGCCAAUGGCGUGGACUACUCGACUCCAAAUAGCAACUGAUAUUUCUCGAGGGCUCUCAUUCUUACAUAGUUUAAAUGCCAAUAUAAUCUUCCGGGACUUGAAGGCUUCCAAUGUUUUAAUUGAUUCGAAAUUUCAUGCAAAACUCUCGGACUUCGGCCUUGCAAGAAAUGGUCCUGUCGGCGACGGAACUCAUGUUUCAACAAGAGUUGUAGGCACAAUGGGAUAUGCAGCCCCCGAGUAUGUGGCUUCAGGUCACUUAACAUCAAAGAGCGACGUGUACAGCUUCGGGGUGGUUCUUCUAGAACUUCUCUCGGGGAGACGAGCAAUGGGCGACGAGUCCAUCGGAGGAACCGAAGGCACAUUGGUCGACUGGGCGAAGCAAUACUUGGGAGAGUCGCGGCAAUUUUCGAGAAUAAUGGACACACGAUUGAGAGGGGAGUAUGCAAAGAAGGGGGCUCAUACAGCAGCAAUGUUGGCCUUAAAGUGUCUCUGCAAUGACCCCAAGAACCGGCCGACGAUGGUCGAGGUUCUGGCCGAGCUCGAACAGCUACAGACCCUCGAAACCUCGCCGCGCGCCAAGCUCGAGCAUCGGGUCAAGACACUUAGUUCUCACAGGGCUCGGACACAAUCGUAAUUGGCUAAGCGAAUUACAUGAAAGAAAAUUUUAUUCAUAAACACUACAGAAUAAUUUGGGUUUGUUUAUUUUUUUUGGAUUUGUCACAAUGUA